AUGAAACCCUCAUUUGCAGCGAUGCUCCUCAAAACCGUGCUGUUUCUGCUUGCAAACGUAGCAGAUGCCAUCUAUUUGAAUUCAACUACACUAGAAUCGGCAAAUGCCACCGUCAUUUCCAUAGCCACUUCGAGCGUCCCACUGCUGGCGCUCGAAACAGACCGCACAAUCACGCUGUCGUCGCAAACGCUCCCGUACGGCGAUGUUUAUGUGGAGCCACGUGAGCAGCGGCCCACACGAGUCUCGGCGAGUACAGGGACGACUAAACAAACGACUGUACAAACGACUGGACAAACAGCUGAGCAAACGACUAGAAGAUCGGCCGUACUAACGACUGGACAAACGACUGCAAACUCCGUUGGCGGUCAAUCCUUCACACUAUCCUCCAAAUCAUCCACACCCUCAACAUCCUCCAAAUCAUCCACACCCUCAACAUCCUCCACACCUCUUUCUGUCGCGCCAGCCUCGAAUCUGCUCACAAACACUGCAUCCACAUCGACCAGCGUCAUUUACUCAACCUCCAAGACGCCUGCACUUUCUAGCUCGUCAACAUCCCUAGUCACCACCAUAUCUUCUCGAUCCAAAAAUCCAUUGGUUACUCAGUCCCCAAGCAGUAGUAAACUAUCCCAAAGCAUAGCAACCACCUACACUGCUCCCAAGACCGUUUCUGAUGUGCUAUCCAAUAGUACCUUGAUAUCGAGCUCCACUUCCGGUACUUCGAUCUCUUCAAAUUCAAGCGCCUCGUUCUCUUUAAUUUCGUCAACUUUCAGCGCUUCGAUCUCUACUGCUGAUUCCACCAUCGAAUCCAGUCCAUACGUGGUUAUCACUUCUUCCAGCUUGCCCACAGCUUCGAUAAAAGCUUCCACCACACAAGACUUUCGCUCAUCUGCGUAUGGAAAUUCCACAACUGCCGGAACCGCAACCUCUAAUUCCAUCUUCGAUUCCAACUCCACUGAAUCCACAAUCGCCCCCACAUCGAGUCUCAUCGAUUCUAACGUCACACAAAUAACUUUGACGUCAGCUACUUCCGCUGGAAGCUCACACCAAGCCACAAGCGAUACUGCCUCUUUGGCGAAAACCACUAGCUCGUCUUUUUCCGAAGCCAUCUCUUCUUCAUCUUCUCAAACUAUCAGUUCUCCAAACUCGCAGGUCUCAUCCUCAGGCUCAUUGGUAACUACUUCCUCUCCUACCACUUCCUCUCCUACCACUUCUUCUGCUACUCCUCCUUCAUCGCCAGUCGAUCUCUUCUCCCCAAUUCAAACAGACGCUCCUCCAUCCGUCUUUGCCAGACACUCCAACCCUAUGGAUCUGUCAAGUGGUGUGAGCAACCAAAACUCACCUUAUCAAACCAACAAAUUCUACACAAACUUUAUUGUUGGCGACCAGUCAAGUGCUGCAUUCGUUUAUCCUUACUCACUCUGGAAGUACAGCUCUAAUGGGAUAAAUGGUGUUGCCAUCUCGCAUACAUCUUCAGACCAAUACGCGUUUGGCAAUUACGACAGCAACGGCGACUCACAAUUUUUGGCAAACCCGCUUGCUAUCGCUUCCCUCAUGUUCUCUGCUGAAUCAUUUGGUCCUUCAAAUUUCAACCUGUUUGUCAGUGACAUGACCGCUUCUUCUUGUCAAGUCACCGUCAAUGAUGGUUCCACUUCUAACAUCUUACAAGUGCCUUUGGUUCAAGGAAUGGGAUUCUCCACUGGUAUUUACCACGGCUCUUUGAAACCGCUCUUGAAGACAUCGGCCGCUUUCGUGUCCUUGGCGCAAGAGUCAUCCGCAAUUCUUCCUGCUGGUGUUUUGAAAUACCGCGUUGGCCUCAACAGCGGCUCGACGUGGUUGAUUUACGUGACGCUGCCCGAUUCUGCAGACCAAUCUUUCUCAUUGUCUUACACCGAUUCAUCCACAAUCACUGGUUCAAAAGCCAUCGAUGGUCUUGUCAUCCAAGUUGCAGUUGCGCCAGAAGACUCUACUUAUGAUUCCUACUAUGACAACGCCGCAGGCAUGUACCCAACGACUUUCGAAGUAAGCGGUUCUUCUGAUGGUAUUACUGCUAAUUAUGCUUUCAACUACGAAACCGAGGGUAAGUCUGCAUCUGGCAAGACCAUGAUCUUUGCGUUCCCACAUCACAUAAGUGCUUUGACAGCCGAUUCUCAAGCCGCACUUACGGGAAUUCAAUUGCAGUCCACUACCAAGGGCACCAUGAGCGGCCUGCUGUCAAACACUUUGUCAUUCACGGAAGUUUUGAAUACAAAACUGGGGUGGCUACCUUGGUCACAGCAGCUGAAGGACAAAAGUAUCAGCUACAGUGCAGACCAGCUGCAGUUGUUGUCCGAAGUCGCCAAUUCAGAAAUCAACAUUGAUGUUUGGGAUUCGAUCUGCGGCCUCAAUACAUAUUACUUGGGGAAAGUCUUGGACAAGUACAGCUACAUCUUACUAACAGUGUCCGAUAUUCUACAAGAUAAUCAAGUUACUACUGCCGUGGCCGAAAAUCUCAAGAGUGCCCUUGAAAAAUUGAUGUUGAACCAACAACUGUACCCGCUAUACUACGAUACGAAGUUCGGAGGCAUUGUAUCUUCCGGAGACUGGGCUUCCACAUCUACCGGUUACGAUUUUGGUAAUACUUACUACAAUGAUCAUCAUUUCCACUAUGGCUACAUCAUUCAUGCUGCAGCCGUCUUGGGACGUAUCGAUCAACAACAAGGCGGGACCUGGGCGCAAGACAACAAGGCCUGGAUCAACAGUUUGAUUCGUGAUGUUGCUAAUCCUAGCACACAGGAUGGAUUUUUCCCCGUGUCACGUAUGUUCGACUGGUUUAGCGGACAUUCGUGGGCCGCAGGUCUUUUCGCAAACCCUAAUGGUAAGAACGAGGAAUCAAGUUCCGAAGACUACAACUUUGCAUACGGCAUGAAGCUGUGGGGUGCGGUAAUUGGCGACGCCUCUAUGGAAAGACGUGCAGACGUCAUGAUCGCUGUAAUGGCCAGAUCUAUGAAUUCCUAUUUUCUAAUGGCCGAUGACAACCAAGUUGAGCCCACACAGAUCCGUGGUAACAAAGUUGCAGGGAUCCUCUUCGACAACAUCAUUGACUACACCACAUAUUUUGGCACGGCCGUGCAGUACAAACACGGUAUCCAUAUGAUUCCAGUCACACCUGUUUCCUCGCAAAUCAGAAAUCCUGCAUUCGUGCAACAAGAAUGGGACCAAAAACUGAGCGGCGUUGUAGACGGACUAACAGACGGUUGGAAGGGUCUACUGAUGCUGAACCAAGCUCUGUACGAUCCCGUCAGCUCUUACGAAUUUUUCUCAAGUUCGGACUUUAGCUCUGCGUGCCUCGACAACGGAAUGUCGCGGACGUGGUCGUUGGCAUUUUCUGGCGGUCUGGCUCAUGCAAAUGCUUUGCUGUGA